UAAUUUGUUAUAUUUUGUAUAAAAUAUAGGUGUAACAUUUUUAUAACCAUUUUAGAAAAUUUAGAAAAAAAAUUACCAAAAUUAUUGCAAUUAUUCAUUAAAUUAAAAAAAAAUUAAAAAUUAUUGAAGACCACCAAAUUGAAAUUUUUGUAAAACUUUUAUUUGGUAAAGUUAAAGUAAAAAAAAAAGGAUUUUAAAGGAUUGGUUGUCCUAUGGCCUGUCAAGAAUUGUCAUUAUAUCAAGACUCCAAUAAUGACAACGAAAUUGAAUCCCUACGAACUUGCAUUAGUGAAGAAGCUUUAAAUGCCCUGAAUGAAAUGCGUAAAGGAAAUUUAAUGUGUGAUGCUAUUGUUGAAGUUCGCGAUGGAUCAUUUAAUGUUCAUCGAGCUAUUUUGAGUGCUUGUAGUUCUUAUUUUAGAGCUUUAUUUACAAAUUCAUUAUCAUUGGAAAAACAAAAUGUCUUUAUUCCGGAUAUGCGUGCUGCCAUAAUGGAGGAAAUCAUUAGCUAUGCCUAUUUACGAAAGUGUGAAAUUAAUCCGUCGAACGUUCAUGAACUUUUAGCUAUGGCUGAUUAUGUUGGAAUGACAGGUUUGGUGAAGCAAUGCAAAAUUGUACUGGCACGAAUGUUGACGCCCAAAAGUUGUUUUGGCAUAAUGCGAUUUGCAAGCAGCUUUAGGUUUUGUGAUGAUUUGUAUGCAAAAGCCCGCACCUAUUUGUUGCGAAAUUUCAUCCAAGUUGCAGCAAAAAAUGAAGAUAUUUUAAAAAUUGGACUAGAAGACUUUCUAGACAUCAUUACCGAUGAUAUGUUGAAUACAAGAGAUGAGGAACUAGUCUGGAAGUUGUGUAUUAAAUGGGUUGAUUAUGAUGUGAAUGAAAGACAAAGACAUUUGCCGCAACUUAUGCAAGGUGUUCGAUUGGGAUUGAUGACUCCAAAGUUUUUUAUGGACGAAGUUAAAGACCAUCCAUAUGUUGUAAAAUGUAUCGAAGCAAGACCUUUAAUUCUUGAAACCCUAUCAUUCUUAUACGAACUGGAUAUGAUGAGACCAACUGAUAAGGAGGUUCCAACACCUUUAAUUGCAAUGCCCCGAUUGCCACAUGAAGUAAUGUUUGCAAUCGGUGGCUGGAAUGGUGGCACUUCAAAAUCAGCAAUUGAAACAUAUGAUACCCGAGCUGACCGAUGGGUAAAUAUUCCAGCCGAAGAUCCAGCUGGACCAAGAGCCUAUCAUGGUACAGCUGUUAUUGGCUUUAACAUCUAUUGCAUUGGUGGGUAUAAUGGAGUUGAAUACUUUAAUACGUGUCGUGUGUUUGACGCAGUUAAGAAAACUUGGAAAGAGAUAUCUCCAAUGCAUAGUCGUCGUUGCUAUGUCAGUGUGGCUGUAUUAAAUGGACAGAUAUACGCAAUGGGAGGGUAUGAUGGGCACAACCGUUUGAAUACCGUUGAACGUUAUAGUCCGAAAACAAAUCAAUGGACUAUGAUAACGCCUAUGAAUAGGCAACGAUCUGAUGCUGACGCGUGCUCUUUGAAUGGGAAAAUUUAUGCAAUGGGUGGUUUCAAUGGUCAAGAAUGUCUAUCGACUGCAGAAUUUUAUGAUCCAACAACUGAUUUAUGGACACCAAUGCCCAAUAUGAAUCAUCGUCGAUCAGGUAUUUCGUGUGUAGCUUAUCGAAAUCAUGUUUAUGUGGUAGGAGGUUUCAAUGGAUUGGCUCGUUUGUCAACUGGUGAAAAAUAUGAUCCUGAAACGGAAAUUUGGACAUUUAUAAGGGAAAUGUAUCAUGCUCGAAGUAAUUUUGGUUUAGAAAUUAUUGAUGAUAUGAUUUUUGCAAUUGGAGGAUUUAAUGGAAUUGCUACGAUUCCGCAUACAGAAUGCUAUCUAGCUGAAACGGAUGAAUGGAUGGAAGCAACAAACUUAAAUGUUGUUCGGUCAGCUUUAACUGCAAAUACUGUUUGUGGUCUGCCUAAUAUUCGAGAUUACAUACAUCAAAAUAGAGAGCUAUUAAUGGAAGAACGUCGUCAAAGAAUGUUUCCCAAUAUCGAUACCCUGACUAUUGCUGAAGAAUUUGAAAGUGCCGAUGAAGAAAUGUCAGUUGAAUUUGAAUAAUGGAGAAAAAUUACCAAAUCCAAAUUCUUCGUUAAAAAUAAUUAAAUUUAAAUUUAAUGUUCUAAAUUCUAAAUUCUUUUUUAUGCAAAACAAAAAUUUAUAAAUUAUGAAAGUAUAAAUGCAGAUUUUUUUAAAUCCUUGUUCCUUGAAA